UUUGUAGAGUUUGCAUUUUGCCCGUGUUCCUUCUUUAGAUGUUUGCCUAAUUAUUGUGUGAUUGUCUGCACUUGCAGGAUGGAGGAUCCCAAACUGGAGUGCUUGAACGGCCGUUUGGCCAAGCUGCUCAACGAAGUGGUGCAGGAGGUUGUGGGCAUGGUGAAGGAAACCGUGUCGGCAUAUCGGGAAAAAACUGCCAUCACGCUGAAGGAAAAUGAGAAUUUGAGGAGAAGUCUGCUGGAGAUACAAAAUAUUCUACAUGUCCAUGGCCUGUUUCCUGACCAGGAAGAGGGCUCAGAGAUUCAGCAGCAGAACCCCGGCCUCCCGCUGAAGCCAAACGAUACUCCUUGUAAUUUGAAGCACAAGAACAAUGACGCGGGCUCACGGGUAUGCACUUCUGCCCAGACACUAGUAAAACAAUGCAAAGAACAACCAGAAGAGGAGGAGCGCAAGGAGGCUCCGACUGUCCAGAUAACCACAGACAACGCACAAAAUGUUAAGAGAGAGACAGAUGCUUGCUCAUUGUCUGGUCCGCCAACAUUAGAAGAACAUGACAGCUGUGUGGAGUCAAGCCCCUUUCUUCACAACUCUCCUAGGCCCAUCCACUCGGAUCACUCCAAGCACGGCUUUGGCAGUGGAACAAUCCGGAUGGAGCCCACCAGGAGAGACGAUUCCCACCCGUGUCUGGUAUGUGGUAAGGUGUUUGGCCGUGUGGGCAACCUCAAAAUCCACCUGCGCUGUCACACGGGAGAGAAGCCGUAUGGCUGCUCACAGUGUGGGAAGUGCUUCAGUCAGGCGGGAGAUCUGAAGAAACACAAGAUGGUGCACACAGGAGAGAAGCCGUACUACUGCAGCCAGUGCGGGAAGAGCUUCAAUCGGGCGGAGAAUCUGAAAAGACACCUUAAGAUCCACAGUGGAGAGACUUGAGAUUCUAGCACAUUUUAAUGGAAGCGACAUCACUCAUUGAUGUUAAAGAGGACAAACAAUCAAGCCAUGCAUGUAAUCAAGGCAACCGAAAAUAUUCAAAUAUGACAAAGGCAACUGUGCUGUUCGGCUUACCAC